AUGAGCUGGCUCGGUUUUGGGAAGAGCACGACGAAGUGUGACGAGGAGCCGAAAACAGGACAAGCUUUACCAGCAGCAUGGUACACGUCCCCUGCCAUGUAUGAGCUGGAGAGGCGAGCCAUCUUUUCCAAGAAGUGGUUGCUCGUUACCCAUGUAUUGCGAUUUCCGGACAUUGGCCACUUUGUGCGAAUAACAGAGGCUGGCUAUACGUUCUUUUUGAUUAGAGACCGCCAGGGGCAAAUUCGGGCGCAUCACAACAUUUGCAGGCACCGUGCCUAUCCCAUUGUCGAGAAGGACUCUGGCAAGGCAUCCGUUUUGGCAUGCAAAUACCAUGGCUGGUCGUAUGGUUUUGACGGCCACUUGGCCAAGGCACCUAAAUAUCAGGAAAUAUCUUCGUUCAAGAGGGAAGACAAUGGUUUGUACCGCGUGCAUGUGCAUGUCGAUAACCUGGGGUUCGUCUGGGUAAAUCUUGACGCAAACGAUACACCCUCGGUUCCUUGGGAACAGGACUUUGCUACAGUCGACUUUCAACCACGGUUGUUGGAGUUUGACAUGAACAAGUACCAUUUCGAUCAUGAGUGGGAAAUGACCGGGGACUACAACUGGAAGGUGCUCGCAGACAACUACAACGAGUGUUACCAUUGCCCUACGGGGCAUCCUGCACUUCCCGCCGUCACAGACUUGGCCAAAUACUGGGUUGAGACAUCGGGGGCUCACAUCCAACACUAUGCAGUUGACAGACAAGACGAAGAGGCGAAAAGUUUGGGCAACGUGAGCACAUACUUGUACCCCAAUGCCUCGAUGACGGUAACGUACGUAAUCGACUUUGGCGAACAACAACGCUGCGUACCCAUGUCCGCGACCCAAACGCACAUGGAGUACGAGGUGUACAGACACGACGACGCCACGGACGCCGAAUUCACCGAGAUCAGCGACUUCUUCAAGACCAUUAUGCGAGAGGACAAGAAUCUCUGCAACGGCGCGCAGAAGAAUCUGAACUCCGGCAUAUUCCUCCACGGGGAGCUGCACCCCCGCGUAGAAAAGGUAGGGGCCGUUGUUCUUCCAAAAGCUGACCCGCGACCUGGUGACUACACAUCACGAAGCGGAGGAGGCGGCCGGGGCGGAAAUCCGGCCCGCGGUGCCCAAACACAGGGUCACGGCGACGGUGCAAGCGGACAUGGACUUGUGCAGCCGGCUAGAGUGUGA